AGGUUGAGUAUCCCUAAACUGAAAAUCCAAAAUGAAAUGUCUCCAAAUCUGAAACUUUUUGAGCACCAAAAUGACUUUCAAAGGUGGUGCUCAUGGAAGCAUCUUGGAUUUUGGAUUUUGGGAUUAGGGAUGCUCAACUCUAGCUAUAUAAUGCGAAUAUUCUAAAAUCCAAACAAAUCUGAAACCUGAAAUCUGUUAUUCCAAGCAUUUUGGAUAACAGAUACUCAAACUGUAAUGAGGAUGUUUAUUAGAAACUACACACAUAUUGGCUGGGCACAGUGCCUCACGCCUGCAAUCUCAGCACUUUGGGAGACUGAGGCGGGUGGAUCACCUGGGGCCAGGAGUUUGAGAUCAGCCUGGCCAACAUGGUGAAACCCUGUCUCUACUAAAAAUACAAAAAUUAGCUGGGUGUGGUGGCACAUGCCUGUAAUUACAGCUACUCAGAGGCUGAGGCAGGAGAAUUGCUUGAACCCAGGAGGCAGAGGUUGCAGUGAGCCGAGAUUAUGCCACUGCACUCCAGCCUGGGUGACAGAGCAAGACUCUGUUUCAAAAAAAAAGAGGAAAGAAAGAAAGAAAAAGAAACUACAUAUAAAUAACUUGGGUUUUCUUUUUUAGCCAAAUUCAUUAACCAUUUUUUAAUGGGAAAGUCUGUCCAUUAACAUUUAGUAUAACAACUGAUGGACUUUAUUUCUCCAUCUUAAUUUGACAGCAAGUACUGUAUGUCUCUUCUUCUUCUCUCUUAAAUAUGUCUCAUGCUAUGUAAAUACUAAACAAUUGCUUUAGUUUAGGGCUUGACAAGCUGUAUCUGAAAUGACAGUGGUUACUCCAAGUGAAAAUGACUGUGAAACAGUUGGAGAUAGAAUCGGACUGGACUCUAUGCCAGAAAACAAGACUAGACAAUACGUGUUGGAGGUAUCAGCUGUAUUAGUCACAGUUCUUCAGAAUAUCAGAACCAGUAGCAGAAUUCCUUUUUCUUUGGGGGACCUCAGUCUUUGCUCUUAAGGUCUUCAGCUGGUUAAACGAGGUCUACUCACAUUAUGGUGGGCAGUCUGCCUUCCUCAAAGUCUACUGAUUUAAAUGCUAAUCACACCUUAAAAAUACCUUUACAGCAACACCUAGACUUGUGUUUGACCCAACAACUGGGCACCAUAACUGGGACAAGUUGAAACAUGAAAUUAACCAUCCUCCUCUGCACCAUAGCAACAGUUGCCAAAAUGUGAAUGGGUAACUUUUAAAAACAGGUAACAACUACAAUCAAACGCAGAGCCAAAGAUGCGGCUUAGCAUUAGAGAAUUACCACAGUUGGGAGCUAUUGUUUCAUUAAAGGAUCCAAGCAUUCUUAUCUUUCUGUGGAACUUACAGUGUGGUCUUGACUUAAAAAAUGUAUAUCUGGGUUUUUCUAUCUUUGUCAUGUUUGACAGUUUCAGAUUGCAGAUACUUCUUAAGAGUCGCUAUUUCAUUAGCUUUAUCUACGUCCUAAAGAUCUGUUUGCCCUAGGGUUUUGAGAGCUAAGGCCUGAGUUGCAAUGCAUUAACUCUGUUCUGUGCAGUCCUACUGGGACUAAAAACAGCCUGCAGCUAAAUACUUAUUCCUUCUCCAAGGCGGCUGGUGUGCUGAUGUUUCUGUCUGAACUACCGCAGACCCCAGUACCAUCUGUUAACCUGGUAUCCCGGAGGAUCUGCAGAAGGUCUGCGUUGACCCUUUACAAUCCAGUAUGCACUUUCAGACUCAUCUGCUAAAUAAAUCCUUUCAGCUUGGUUUCAUUUACUUAGGAUCUUCGUAUCCCAAUUAUAAGCAAUUUUGUUAAACCAGGAGUAUCAGUGCCUGGUAGUUAAGCACAGGUGUUUUGGGUUUAAAUCUUGGGUCAGCCUGAGUUCAAAUCUCUACUCCAACACUUAGUAGCCUGGUAAACUUACUGAAAUUACCUAACCUCUCUAAGGCUCAAUAUUCCCAUUUGUAAAAUGGGAAUAAUGAGUGUUCUUACAUUAUACUAUUGCUGUGAAGCUUCAAUGAGAUAGCAGUUGGUUUUUUGAAUAAUAAAAAAAUUUGGUAUUUCUCUUCAAAGUAAGUAUUCCUCUUCUACCUGACAACUUCCAAUUCAUGUUUCUUUUCUUCCUUUUUUUGUUUUGUUUUGUUUUUUUGAGACAGAGUUUUGCUCUUGUUGAGCAGGCUGGAGUGAAGUGGCGCAAUUUUGGCUCACUGGAACCUACGCCUCCCAGGUUCAAGCAAUUUUCCUUCCUCAGCCUCUCAAGUAGCUGGGAUUACAGGCACGUGCCACCACGCCCAGCUAAUUUUUUUGGUAUUUAGUAGAGAGGGGGGUUUCACCAUAUUGGUCAGACUGGUUUUGAACUCCUGACUUCAGGUGAUCCACUCGCUUCGGCCUGGCAAAGUGCCGGGAUUACAGGUGUGAACCACCGCACCUGGCUCAUAUUUCUUAAGAAACAAAAAUUCAAGUCAUAAAUGCAGUAGUGCAAACAUGGCUCACUGUAGCCUCAAACUUCUGGUCUUAGGCAUGCCUCCCACCUCAGCCAUCUGGGUAGCUGGGACUAGAGGCACACAACAGCAUGCCAGGCUAAUUUUUGCAUUGUUUGUAGAGUUGGGGUAUUGCUAUUUUACCCAGGCUGAUCUCGAACUUUUGGGCUCAAAUGAUUCUCCCAUCUCAGCUUCCCAAAGUGCUAGGAUUACAGGCGUGAGCCACUGCUCCUGACCCUUUUUAUACCUCUGCUAUAAAACAGGUUUGUUGAAGUGAAUUCAAGACAGAGAAUCUUAUUUGCUCUCCAAGUCAAUCAUAGGUACCUAUGGUGUUGCUAAAUUUAGAAAUAAAAAUAACUCAUCUACAUUCAUUUAUUGAGCUCUGACUUGAUUAACGUGAUCCUAAGGUUGCCAUCAGGCAAAUCACAAUGUCAUUAAGGCUUAGCGAGGUAUUUUUCUCAUUUGGGGCUGGUAGGAAAAAUCAUCACUGGACUGGCGUCACUUCUAAUCAGGUCUUGGCAUUUCUGCGCAGCCCUCACGUGUUGUCCUUAUUGCUGAGAUCUGUAUUGCCGGACAGUUUCCCAGCUCUAAGUUGUUCAGUACCUCUGUGUCAUCAUAAUAAUGGCAUUGCUGGUUAUCAGUUCUUUUCUUGUGUUUACCUCUGCCUGCCCACUGAUGAAACUGUUCAUGGAGUUACUUUUCCAUUAGAAUUAUUUCUGUGACUAUCUCCAUUUGCCUUUACAAUGUGACUCUUCUUUCUUUUCCAAGCCUGAAUUCAAUAAGCAAAAGCUGAGAUACUGUAAUUUCCUAAAUAACCCAAAGGGAAGAUCUGGCAUAAUUUACAACCACUCUGACUGCUGAAUCCACUUGCACUGCUCUUCUCUCUAAUGGAAUUUUGAGGGAUAACUGUAAUUGAAUAGUGCCUCCAUCCCAUCUUCAAAUUUGACUGAAUCAAGCCUAGAUCUGGUUAUACCUGGAUUUUGUUUGUUUCACGUUGUGUUUGUGCCCCACUGGGUAAAGCCCAAGCACGGGCUUCAUCUGAAUGCAUUUUUAUCUCACAGAGGCAUUAAUUGAAUCUCUGACAGUAGUCUUGUCCCUGAGUAGUGCUCCAACUCUGGCUGCAAUAUUAAAGCAGGGUAGUUCUUGGUUCCCUUCAAAGGUAACGUCCCAUCUGUUGACUAAACUAUGGCAAUGCAAAGCUUGCAGAAUCAUUCGAGGAGAGGAUCCAAAGCAUUUACAAUUCCCUACUAUGCAAAGAGUUAUUCUGAGGUUUUUUUUUUUUUAACCUAUGAUUGCUCUUUCUGUAAAUACCUGCUGCACCCAGCAAGAUGUAAAGGUUAAUGUUUGCCCUAUGACCUUUGAAGACGGAUGCACUGAACUUGUUGCAGUUUGCAGUGGGAUCUGUGGCAAGUUACAGAAGACUGCCCAUUCAGCUACUGCUCUUUCCAAAACUCUGCAGUGUCCCAUCUUCCUCGAGCCUGCCUUAAAGUGCUUCUCAGCUCAUUCUGAGUGUGUAACUUCAUUCAACUCCCUGCUCAGUCCCAGGGAAGAACUUCGUACUGUGGCAUAUGACAGAGACUUGAUAACAUUAUGAUAAACUCCUAUGGGUUUGAACUGAGUCCUAUUCAAAUUUUCUGGUGCCUGGCGGUCAGCAGUCUUAGACUUGGGGAGUGAGAAAUGUGUCUGCAGUGAAUUAGGAGGUGAGAAGAAAGACAGCUAUACUCAGAUACUGAGUAUCUUAGAGCCUAAGCCAUUUCCCAAAGCCGAGAAUAGAUUUCAGUGUAAUUCUGGUAAGUUACAUACACUAGGAUAGACAUGCAAAAUAAGUGGAUAUGUUAGGAAAGAGUUAAAAAAUUCUCCACACGUUUUCCUACCACCUCUGCAGCCAUAGAAGCCAAGGAGAAAUGCACACACACACAUACACACUCUGGCAGGGAACCUGUUUUGCAAGUUUUGCUGGUAAAAACUAGGAAGGGGGCUGGUGGAGUGCAGAGUGGAAAAGCCUUAGAAGUAUCAGUUGAAGGUUUUUCAAGACCUGAGUUUUCAAGGUAACUUUAUCCUGCAGAGAGAGAUACACAUGGCUGCUGUAGGUUUUUCUUCCACCAAUUAAGUGCAUUGUUAGACAGGGAGGGGCAGAUUAACGAAUGCCUAUAAUUUUGAUCAUUGUUUUCUGCAAAACAGCUCAGGCUUUGAAAAUGAAGCCGCCGUUCCCGGCUAGGUUUCUGCCAACAGCACAAAUUACACUGUGCAGAGAUCCAAAGUCCCUAAAAAGGUUUCAUUAAUGAACAAUUUCAGACGAUUGUUUAAGUCUCGGCCUGACAGGUAAUGUUGGCAUGUCGGCAGGUGGGGUUAGGGUUUCCAUGGAGAUUUAUGAUGUCAUGCUUGAAAGAGCAUGUCAAGACAGCCGAUUUAACAAGUAGCUACUCAAAAAGUCCUAUAGGCUACAAGUAGGUUUUAUGCAAAUGACGAGAGUUUCACUGGGAAAAACUGCAAAAGAAAACAGCACAGACAUGGAAGGGGGUUUUACCUGACAGCUCGGAAGGAAGACCCUGGAGUCUAUUGGAGACAAAAACUUCCAGAAGAAUUUGAUUUUUCUGCUUUAACUGCCGCUUCACCUGUGGAGCUCUGGGUACAGACAAGGAGCCCCAAACUGUCCCACAGUCCUCAACCACCUAGUCUGGGUGACCCGGUCGAGCAUUUAUCAGAGACAUCUGCUGAUUCUUUGGAAGCCAUGUCUGAGGGGGACACUCCGACCCCUUUUUCCAGGGGCAGCCGGACUCGCGCCAGCCUUCCCGUGGUGAGGUCAACCAACCAGACGAAAGAACGAUCUCUGGGGGUUCUCUAUCUCCAGUAUGGAGAUGAAACCAAGCAGCUCAGGAUGCCGAAUGAAAUCACAAGUGCAGACACAAUCCGUGCUCUCUUUGUAAGUGCCUUUCCACAGCAGCUCACCAUGAAAAUGCUGGAGUCGCCCAGUGUCGCCAUUUACAUCAAAGAUGAAAGCAGAAAUGUCUAUUAUGAAUUAAAUGAUGUAAGGAACAUUCAAGACAGAUCACUCCUCAAAGUGUACACCAAGGAUCCCGCACACGCGUUUAAUCACACACCGAAAACGAUGAACGGAGACAUGCGGAUGCAGAGAGAAUUUGUUUAUGCAAGAGGAGAUGGCCCUGGGGCCUCUCGUCCUGGAUCUACUGCUCAUCCACCCCAUGCAAUUCCAAAUUCCCCACCGUCUACUCCAGUGCCCCAUUCCAUGCCCCCCUCCCCAUCCAGAAUUCCUUAUGGGGGCACCCGCUCCAUAGUUGUUCCUGGUAAUGCCACCAUCCCCAGGGACAGACUCUCCAGCCUGCCAGUCUCCAGACCCAUCUCUCCAAGCCCAAGCGCCAUUUUAGAAAGAAGGGAUGUCAAGCCGGAUGAAGACAUGAGUGGCAAAAACAUUGCAAUGUACAGAAAUGAGGGUUUCUAUGCUGAUCCCUACCUUUAUCAUGAGGGACGGAUGAGCAUAGCCUCGUCCCAUGGUGGACACCCGCUUGAUGUCCCUGACCACAUCAUUGCAUAUCACCGCACCGCCAUCCGGUCAGCGAGUGCUUAUUGUAACCCCUCAAUGCAAGCGGAAAUGCAUAUGGAGCAAUCACUGUACAGACAGAAAUCAAGGAAAUAUCCGGAUAGCCAUUUGCCUACACUGGGCUCCAAAACACCCCCUGCUUCUCCUCACAGAGUCAGCGACCUGAGGAUGAUCGACAUGCACGCUCACUAUAACGCCCACGGGCCCCCUCACACCAUGCAGCCAGACCGGGUCUCCCCGAGCCGCCAGGCCUUUAAAAAGGAACCAGGCACCUUGGUGUAUAUAGAAAAGCCACGGAGUGCUCCAGGAUUAUCCAGCCUUGUGGACCUCGGCCCUCCUCUAGUAGAGAAGCAAGUUUUUGCUUACAGCACGGCAACAAUACCCAAAGACAGAGAGACCAGAGAGAGGAUGCAAGCCAUGGAGAAACAGAUUGCCAGUUUAACUGGCCUUGUUCAGUCUGCGCUUUUUAAAGGGCCCAUUACAAGUUAUAGCAAAGAUGCAUCUAGCGAGAAAAUGAUGAAAACCACAGCCAACAGGAACCACACAGAUAGUGCAGGAACUCCCCAUGUGUCUGGUGGGAAGACGCUCAGUGCUCUGGAGUCCACGGUGCCUCCCAGCCAGCCUCCACCUGCGGGCACCUCGGCCAUCCACAUGAGCCUGAUUGAGAUGAGGCGGAGCGUGGCGGAACUCAGGCUCCAGCUCCAGCAGAUGCGGCAGCUCCAGCUGCAGAACCAGGAGCUGCUGAGAGCGAUGAUGAAGAAGGCUGAGCUGGAAAUCAGUGGCAAAGUCAUGGAAACGAUGAAGAGACUGGAGGAUCCCGUGCAGCGACAGCGCGUUUUCGUGGAGCAAGAGAGACAGAAAUAUCUUCACGAGGAAGAAAAGAUCGUCAAGAAGUUGCGUGAGUUGGAAGAAUUUGUUGAAGACUUGAAGAAGGACUCCACAUCAGCCAGCCGAGCAGUUACUCUGAAAGACGUGGAAGAUGGGGCUUUCCUCCUGCGUCAAGUGGGAGAGGCUGUAGCUACCCUGAAAGGAGAAUUUCCAACCUUGCAAAACAAGAUGCGAGCAAUCCUGCGCAUAGAAGUGGAGGCCGUGCGGUUUCUGAAGGAGGAGCCACACAAGCUGGACAGUCUCCUGAAGCGUGUGCGCAGCAUGACAGAUGUCCUGACCAUGUUGCGGAGACAUGUCACGGAUGGGCUCCUGAAAGGCACGGACGCAGCCCAAGCUGCACAGUACGUGGCCAUGGAAAAGGCCACAGCCGCGGAAGUCCUGAAGAGCCAGGAGGAGGCAGUCCACAGCUCUGGCCAGCCCCGCCACAGCUCAGGAGCCCCUGGCGAUGCAAAGUCAGAAGUGAUGCCCUUGUCCGGCAUGACAGUUCACCACGCGCAGAGCUCCCCCGUGGGCAUGACAGUUCACCACGCGCAGAGCUCCCCCGUGGUCAUCCAGCCCUCCCAGCACUCCGUGGCCCUGCUGAACCCUGCCCAGAAUUUGCCUCACGCAGCCAGCCCCCCAGCUGUCCCCCCGGAAGCAACCUCUACCCUGCAGACGUCACAGGCUCCGCAGUCCCCACAGACACCCAUGAAUGGGUCUGCCAUGCAGAGCUUGUUCAUUGAAGAAAUCCACAGCGCGAGUGCCAAGAACAGGGCAGUGUCUAUCGAGAAAGCAGAAAAGAAAUGGGAGGAGAAAAGGCAAAAUCUGGACCACUAUAAUGGGAAAGAGUUUGAGAAGCUCCUAGAAGAAGCUCAGGCCAAUAUCAUGAAGUCUAUACCAAAUCUGGAGAUGCCACCAGCCACAGGCCCACUGCCAAGAGGAGAUGCCCCAGUGGACAAGCUAGAACUUUCAGAAGAUUCUCCAAAUUCAGAACGGGACUUGGAAAAGCUGGGAGGAAAGUCGCCCCCUCCUCCUCCCCCACCUCCUCGGCGAAGUUACCUGCCAGGAUCGGGGCUCACCACCACGAGGUCAGGCGAUGUGAUCUACACCGGCAGGAAGGAGAACAUCACCGCUAAGGCAAGCAGUGAAGAUGCGGGACCGAGCCCACAGACCAGAGCCACAAAAUGUCCAGCAGAGGAGCCCGCUUCAGCCUGGACCUCAUCCCCACCCCCUGUCACUACCUUCUCCUCAAAGGAUGAGGAGGAAGAAGAAGAAGAAGGAGACAAAAUAAUGGCAGAACUCCAGGCAUUCCAGAAGUGUUCCUUUAUGGAUGUAAAUUCAAACAGUCAUGCUGAGCCAUCCCGGGCUGACAGUCACGUUAAAGACACUAGGUCGGGCGCCCCAGUGCCACCCAAGGAGAAGAAGGGCAUUUUUGGCAGUUGGAGAACAAAGCAAUCCAAGAAUUUGGAAUUUUUCCAUGAAGAUGUACGGAAAUCUGAUGUUGAAUGUGAAAAUGGCCCCCAAAUGGAAUUCCGAAAGGUUACCACAGGGGCUCUAAGACCUAGUGACCCUCCUAAGUGGGAAAAAGGAAUGGAAAAUAGCAUUUCUGAUGCAUCAAGAACAUCAGAAUAUAAAACUGAGGUCAUAAUGAAGGAAAAUUCCAUAUCCAAUACGAGUUUACUCAGAGACAAUAGAAACUAUUCCCAGAAAAGCGUGCCUAAGGUCCAUUUCAGUUUCUCUGGCAUUAGUUCAUUAGAAGAUGAAAUAAACAAGGGGUCUAAAGUCUCAGGACUCCAGUACUCUACACCUGACACCGAGAGCCAGAAGCCGAAUUAUAGAAAGACAAAGGAGGUGGAAAAGCAAACUAGAGAUGCCUGUCACAUUUCCUCUCCCACUAGAUUAACAGAACUGAGUGGGCAUGAUUUUAAAACAGAAGAUCAAGAGGUUAUCAUGACAGAUUUUGGCCAAGCUGUUCUAAGACUCAAGGGGCCAAGGCAUGCUAACCUGAACCCUCAUGAGAAUGGAGAAUCAAGUCCAAGUUCUCCCACUGAAGAGAAUGCAGCUACUGACAAUAUUGCCUUCAUGAUUACCAAAACCACUGUCCAGGUUCUUUCCAGUGGGGAGGUGCAUGAUAUUGUUAGCCAAAAGGGAGAAGACAUACAGACGGUUAAUAUCGACGCCAGAAAAGAGAUGACCCCUCCACAAGAAGGGACUGACAAUGAGGAGCCAGUUGUGUGCCUGGACAAGAAACCAGUAAUCAUCAUUUUUGAUGAGCCCAUGGACAUCCGUGCUGCAUAUAAGAGACUUUCAACUAUCUUUGAGGAAUGCGAUGAGGAAUUAGAGAGAAUGAUGAUGGAGGAAAAGAUAGAGGAGGAGGAAGAGGAGGAAAAUGGAGAUUCUGUAGUCCAGAAUAAUAACAGUUCCCAGAUGUCUCCUAGGAAGGUUGGCCCAGGCAAUAUUAGAACAGGACAACACGUGGAAACAAAGUCACAGCCAGGCUCCCUGGCAACAGAGACCAGAAUCCCAGGAGGACAGGAUAUGAACAGAACGGAGCUGAACAAGCUCAGCUAUGCGGAUUCUUCAAAUUCAGAAUGCAAGGGUGAUGACAUGACUGACGACCAGUCUGAAAGCCCCAAGAAAAAGUUUAAAUUCAAAUUCCCUAAGAAGCAACUUGCUGCUCUCACUCAAGCCAUUCGCACGGGAACUAAAACAGGGAAGAAGACUUUGCAAGUGGUGGUCUAUGAAGAAGAGGAAGAGGACGGCACCCUGAAACAGCACAAAGAAGCCAAGCGCUUCGAAAUCACUAGUUCUCAACCUGAAGACACCCCUAAAAACAUGGCGAGGAGGCCAGAGCAGCCCAGCAUUGAGAGUACAUCUCAGAUUUCAAGAACUGAUGAAAUUAGAAAAAAUACCUACAGAACGUUGGACAGCCUGGAGCAGACCAUUAAACAGCUUGAAAAUACAAUCAGCGAAAUGAGCCCCAAAGCCCUAGUUGACGCCUCAUGUUCUUCCAACAGAGAUUCUGUUGCAAGUUCAUCCCACGUAGCCCAAGAGGCCUCUCCCCGAUCCUUGCUAGUUCCGGACGAAGUCCCCACUGCCCUAGAGCCCCCUACGUCGAUACCUUCAGCUUCACGUAAGGGCUCCAGCGGGGCCCCACAGACGAGCAGGAUGCCCGUCCCCAUGAGUGCCAAGAACAGACCUGGAACCCUGGACAAACCCGGCAAGCAGUCCAAACUGCAGGAUCCCCGCCAAUAUCGUCAGGCUAAUGGAAGUGCUAAGAAAUCUGGUGGGGACUUUAAGCCUACCUCCCCCUCCUUACCUGCUUCUAAGAUUCCAGCCCUUUCUCCCAGCUCUGGGAAAAGCAGUUCUCUGCCCUCUUCUAGUGGUGACAGCUCUAACCUCCCUAAUCCGCCUGCUACUAAACCAUCGAUUGCUUCUAACCCUCUCAGCCCCCAAACAGGACCACCUGCUCACUCAGCCUCCCUCAUCCCUUCUGUCUCUAAUGGCUCUUUGAAGUUUCAGAGCCUCACUCACACAGGUAAAGGUCACCAUCUUUCAUUCUCACUGCAGAGUCAAAAUGGCCGAGCACCCCCUCCUUUGUCAUUCUCCUCCUCCCCUCCUUCCCCCGCCUCCUCCGUCUCACUGACUCAAGGUGCCAAGGGCACCAGGACCAUCCAUGCUCCCAGCCUCACCAGCUACAAGGCACAGAACGGAAGUUCAAGCAAAGCCACCCCAUCCACAGCAAAAGAAACCUCUUAAAGGUCAAAUCCUAUUAGGCACAAGUCGGAGUUACAUUAAAAAAAAUAAAGUAACAGUCUACAACAACCGUUUUCACAAGAGAAUGUAACAUAUUGCUGUAUCGUUUGAGGCUUCUUGCUAAGUAUGUGCUAAAUACUGGAUAAAUAGAUUUCAGCAAAGCUCGUUUGUUUUGUUUUUACCUAGUCGCUAUAGUGUUUACUGUCUAUACUCAAUACCUAUAAAAUGCGGUAAGCAUGUGUUACAAAAAGAGCUUGUGGUGGGAGAGAAAGGUGCGUGUGAGACAGAAGAAUUGUCUUAAGCAUAUAAAACAUGUAUGAUUCCAGAAUUUUAGUAUGUUUUGUAUAAAACUAUUUUUCAUUACGGAGACUAGAAGUGAACAGAGAACUACACAAGUGUGACUAUACAAAUUGUAAAACAGAUACUAUAAUAUUUUCUUUUAUUUUAGUGUUAUUUAGCUUUAUUACAGAUUUCUAUUUUUGUCAAAACUUCAUGGUUCCUUUCAAGAUCUUUUUUGCCAAAACAUUUUGAUACUGUAGCAUUGUACAUUUGAAAGUAGUGUGCUAGACUAUAAAACCAAUGAACUUCCACGCAAGCCCUACAGACAGGCAUGUGUAGAAGGCAAUGUAUCAAACCUAUUGCACUGCCAUGAGAAGUAUAUAUAAUGAUUUGCUAGCCCAAGCAGGCUAGUUUUCUUUGCUUGCUUCUUUUCUUUCUUUCUUCCUUCCUUUCUUUUUUCUUUCUUUUUUAACAUGUUGAGAUUCUCUAGUUGAUUUCUUUGCAGUAUCUAACCCCUUCUUUUAUUUUCUGAGACCUGGUAAGCCACGCUAUUGCAUUGUGGAUUUUAAAAUGUACACUUCUGUACGGUUCUGUAAACCGAAAAACUUUUGUAAAUAUAUAAAUAUAAAUAGACAUUAAAAUACUGUAUGUGACAGCACAUAGAGUAGUUUUCCCACACCAAAGUUAAUUUUUAUGCAUGCUUUAAAAGUAUAUAUCCAGACGGGCAGAAAUGGACGUAUCCAUACAUUUUUAAAAAGCAACAAGUUUGCACAGCUAGAGUGUUUUUGUAAAUAAAUGUAUUUGUAUAACACAGUCAUGUAAUAUACAGAACUAUAAGCAGAGACUUUGCAAAACUAAAUAAAGGGCUGCAUGCUUAUUUUUUGUACCUUGUCACUAUAACUACUUCCUAGUCAGAGAGCGAAAUGUUACUGUUCCCGAGUUAAAUGUUUCUCUGCUUUGAGGGAUGUAACCACAUCCACUCAGAGGACAGGACUUUUCUGCAAGCUCUGGGGUGACUAAUGAUGAGUUCCUAAUAAAUUAAUUGCAAGUGUGGUGCCUUGGAUGUGACCCGUUGGCUCUCUCUCUUCUCUGUGGCUUAUCAAGGUAUGGAUGACAGAAACCAAACCUGUAUACAGAGUUUCCACCCUCAGUUCCUGGAGGGGCUCUUAUUAUUUUCUGUCUCUUUUUUAAAAAACAUCCAGUAGAAUUAAAGUGGAAAUAAAAUGUCUUUAUCA